AUGUCUCUCAUCUUUACGGAUCGCAGUCGCCUUAUAUACCCAGCUUCUGCUACAUCUAGAUCUUCCGCGACAGGAACGAUACAGACCCCGAAGUAUGGAUCAGAUUCAACCGUCGACCGCAGCUUUACUUCUACACUGAGGUCUGCCUCUUCCGAUUCCUUGGGUCCGCUUGAUAUCUCUGCAAAUGCAAGGCGUCGAAUCUUGGCUGGUAUAUGGCUUAGCCAAUUUCUUUCUUCGCUCAAUCUGACCCUGGUUCCAACAAGUCUGUCUCGUCUACCCUGUCAACAAGCCUCUGGAGCGCUAAUCGUCUUUAUUUCAGUGCUGCCUUCAAUAUCGUCUGAAUUUCAACGAGCAAAUGAAGCAAGCUGGGUGGGCACCUCCUAUCUCCUUGCGACAUGCACUUUCACACCGCUCUACGGACGACUAAGUAACGCUAUGGGACGGAGAGGCGCCAAUCAGUCUGCGGUCUUAUUUGCGAUGGUGGGAAUCCUGGCAUGUGGGUUUUCCAGAAGCAUGUCAAUGCUCAUCGUCUCUCGAUUCAUUUCGGGCAUGGGAGGAGGUGGAAUAUUUACUACCUCUUCAAUCAUCACUAGCGAUAUGUACAGUUUACGAAGUAGGGGUUACAUACAAAGUAUAGGUGGAAUUUUCUACGGACUUGGUAUGGGACUAGGAGGUCCUAUAGGCGGUCUCAUAAAUGACUGGCUUGGUUGGAGAUGGGCAUUUCUAAUCCAAGUCCCAUUGUUUACCUUUUCACUGGUACUGACGAGUUGGAACUUGACGUACACCCUCCCUGGAACUGGUAGAAGCCCUAAAGAAAUAUUGCGAAGAAUCGACUAUGGAGGAACGUUCAGCCUCCUUGCUGCUGUUGCUUCAGUGCUUCUAUUUCUGAGUAUGAGAUUCAGCGAAGGCCUUCCUCUCGCAAGCCCAUAUGUCCAUGUUCCCCUGUGUUCCGCCAUAUUCUUUAUCAUGCUUUUCCUCAUCAUCGAGGUUUAUCUCGCGGUAGAGCCAAUCCUUCCAGCAUAUCUCUUAACUGAGAUAGUUCCGGUAUUGAUUGGGCUGAGCAACGCGCUGGUUGCCGUGUGUAAUCUUUCAAUCACCUAUUUUUUCCCAAUGUGGUUCCAGAUUGUGGCAAAGAGCUCUGCAAGCAGUGCGGGAUUGCAUCUCCUCCCUAACAGCGUUUGCAUAUCAGGUGGAUCGUUCUUCGCCGGGUACAUGAUGCGUCGACACGCAAGAUAUAAGACCCUGAAUGCUGUCUUUGGAAUCCUUCCUUUCAUAGCUGCCUUGCUUAUGACUCAGAUGCGGGUAACGUCGCAUUGGGUACAUUUGUGGUGUACUAUCAUGCCUCUUGGCUUUGGAAAUGCCGUGGUACUGCAGACCAUGUAUAUUGCACUAGUCUCAAAUCUUCCAGACUCACAGAUGGCUGUUGGAACUGGAUUUGUGCAGCUUCUGCGUGGACUAGGACAAGUGGGAGGUUUGGCAGCUGCAUCUGCCGUGUUCCAGUCAAGGCUCAGUAUUGAGUUACACGCCCGGCUUCCCAACGUGUCGGAAGAGUUAAUCCAAAAAAUUCAACAUUCGUCCAAAUUGGUCGAGCAUUUGCCUACGGAUAUUCAACAAACUGCCAGAGAUGCGUAUGCAGCGAGUAUACAGUGUGUAUUCAUUCUUGCGGCCUGUGCAUCCUUGAUGGCAUAUAUUGUGCGCUUGCCUAUUCCGGAUAAAAAUCUGGCUGCCGAUGAGAGGCCACCAGCGGUUUCCGAAUCUAGACGAGAAAGUCAGACCUCUUGGUCGGAUAACGACUCAUCCUCUACGCUAGAUGAAGCAGAGGUAGAAGAAGACAAAGGCUCGCGAGAGUCUAGUCACCGCCGUCGUAUUGAAUCUGCAUAG